UUUAAUAAUUGCAAAGCUGUGGAAAAGUGGUAGGACGAUGCACUGUUUAGGUAACAUUGGAGCAAGCCAAAAGCAAGAUCAAAACCCUAGUGAUAGUACUACAUUAUAUAUGCACAUUUAAGUCCUCCUCUUCGUACACGGAUUGACUUGGAGAUCACUGUCGGAGCCCGGCCGUGUCUACCAAAGCGGUACUAGCUUAUACUUAGUGCAGGUUCAGCAUUCAUACCAGUGGAUCCGAGGCUUAUGUAAUACGUCUACCACAAUUAAGGGGUACGGCCCCCGAACGCAGCUCCACGCUUGAGUCCGUAAUAUGAGCACAACCAAACUACCAUGAAACUCCCGCAAAUUUCCACCUGAAAAUAACCGUGACGAGAAUACAUCCCCCAAGAGUUCUUCUGAGUCCCGGGUUCUAUGGUACCAGAUAACCUCUAGUGAGGCUUCGUGGUAAAGCCGCUUCAGAUGAAUUCCUUGCAGACUCGGGUCUGAUCACUCUAGGCCUCAGAGCAUCCGCCUACCGCAUCCACUACCAGCAAGUCGAUGUGAAUACAGCGUUUUCUGGUUCUCCUUGACCACUUGGUGUUGAUUCCGUCGACAGGGUUGGUGCCCUUCUAUCUCCUCCCUACCUCAUAACUAGCGCCAGUAUCUAUGUACAAACAAUUUGUAGUAACAUUAAAAAUAUUACUGGUUAAAAUAUUAAAAGUAUGUUAUUUGCAUCGUCUAAAUUCUUUCGUCAAGCAGCUUCUUAUCGCACAGGGGACUUUUUUCGCUAAUGGACAAGAGUUAGAUGAUGGAUUGGAGCCGAUGAAUUGCAAGAAAUAUGAUUAUUCAUUAGACACCGGCCGAGGUUUUACGGCUUUGUGGCACUGAUAGCCGUUUGUUUGAUAACAUGCAUUAUAAAUGAUAACAUUUAGCUAUUGAUAAUCCCUAGCAAAACCGGCGUUGUUAUUCUCGCGGCAGUAGUGAUCGCCAACUUAGACGAUACAAGUGAAAACAUUGGAAAAAUAAUGGAGAAGCACCAGGUUGUUCCAGAUAUUAUUGACCAGGCCCCUAAGGUGAUUUUGGAGAUAUCUUAUCCAAGUGGAGUGAAAGUUGAUUCUGGCAAUGAAUUAACUCCAACUCAGGUGAAAGAUAAGCCCACGGUAACAUGGAAAGCCGAAUCUGGAGCUCUUUACACGCUUCUAAUGACUGAUCCUGAUGUUCCAUCACGUGAGAAUCCAACUUAUAGAGAAGGUCGCCAUUGGCUAGUUGUUAAUAUUCCUGGCAAUAAACUGGAUGAAGGUCAAACCCUAAUAGAUUACAUAGGAUCUGGUCCACCAGCUGGUACUGGUUUGCACAGAUAUAUUUUUCUUCUGUUUAAACAGCAAGGAAGAGUCGAGAGUAAUCUUUCAGCUUCAAAUCGGUCACGUGAAGGACGUAUAAAAACGUCAACAAGGGAGCUGAUAAAGGAGCUCAACUUAGGAGACCCAGUUGCUGGAAACUUAUAUCAAGCACAAUAUGAUGACUACGUACCAAUUUUACACCAACAACUUGGUGGAGUGCCCCCGAAAAAGGAUUAAAUAAAUAUUUACUGACCACAAAAAAUAUCGUAGCAACCAUUUCGCAUCUACAAUAACAUUUUAAGUUGAUAAUUUCAUAUCAAUAUAUCAAUAACAUGAACGCAACAAAAACAUAA